GUGGAAAUGCGGGACGAAGCGCCAGCUAGCUCGAAACCUCGUUUCCGGUAUCAGCUCAAGCACACGCGCGUCUGCCUCCAAAGGGGCCGAAGCCCCUGCUCGAACUAGCACAUGGUUACGGAGGGGGCUGAGUGUCUGGUAUCUCCAGGUGACCUCUAGAAAGACUCCGGGGCAAGUCGCACACCCCAGAAUUCUAGAUGACAGGACACCUGUAGUCAGCUCCUCUCCGCCACCUGAAAGCGGUUCGGACAAGGAAGUUGAAACAGAGCCUCGCGCGCAGCGCGUUGAUACGGCAAGGCACAGCGCAGCGAUGCCAAGAAUCCAAAUGAGCGCGCAGCGCUGGAUGGUAAAGUCGGGCUCGGCUUAGUAGGGGAUUAGCUCGUCGUAGCCCUCGGGACUCAUGUCUUUGCCGGCGUCGGCCUUCCGAGCGCUCCUCUCCCGGUGACUCGGGACGCCCUCUCCGCUUCACGUAUCUUGAGCGCCCUAUCCUCCACGACGAUGACGAACUCGCAAUUCUGCUAGAUCCCCCUCAGCAAAUCCGCGCAACCGUGACUCUUCGUCAGAGGGUCCGUGAUCUGGUGGCGCUUGCCGUCCACCCAACGGAUCCCAGCUCCACUCUCCUUCAUGCUCUCCGUGGGGAUCGCGAUGUCCAGCGCCGUCCUUCGGUCUUUGCUGGGUCCUGCUGAGACAUGGCGGAGGUGGUCGUAUGGGCACUUGCUGUCGGUCACGACCGAGAGUGGGAAAGUCCGCCCUGCCUCGGGCGCCGUCCGGGCGUCCAACCCAGGGAACGCCAACUGCGCGAACAAGCUCCUCAGGUAGAUGCCGUUCGCCAAUCCCUCAUCCACGCCCAGCGUCUCGGCCGCCAAGGAACCCGGCACCUUCCGGGCGAGGCGGCGCGACCGCCAAGCCAGCGGGGAGGUCUGCCUCCACAGCCCGUCGCAGAUCCGCAAGUCCCCGGCCAUGAGGAUCCAGCCCGCCUGGCUCGCCCGAAGCUUCGCGUUCGCCCACGCGGCGUCGGCCACGUCGUAGAAGACCAUGUUCUUCAGUUCGAUCGGCCUGAUCCAGAGGCUCGCGUGGGAGAUGUCCUUGCCGAUCCUCGCCAGGCGGUUCCCUUCCAGCAGGUCUGACACCUUCGGCUUCGGAAACGCGCUCUACAGCAGCGACACGAGACCGCUCCAGUCCAGGCGUGUCUCCCGACCGAUGUAAUUGAGUGAGCCUGCCACGGCCCUCAGCGCGAAAUCUCUUUCUCGUCGCACAUAUAUCAUCGCGCGUCGCCCUGCAGGUAUGUUGAUCAGCUCGAUCUCCUCCACCAUGUUCUUCUGGUAAAUAUUGAAUGACCUGUCAGGUAGUAUGUCUUUUUCGCGAGGCACCAACCAACGUCCUCAACACACUGUCUCCAGAGUCGGGCUGCUGGCUGUCGAGUACACGCAACGACGCGCUAGCCGCCAGGCCCGUAGCAAAAACCCUGGACUGGGGCAGCGAAGCAGAUGCAAAUGAUUCGGAAUCGGUGCAUUGGAGCGGGGAGGAGGAGGAGGAGGAGGAGGAGGAGGAGGAGGAGGAGGAGGAGGAGGAGGAGGAGGAGGAGGAAGGGGAACGACGUCCCAGCGAAUUCGCGCCAGCGGCAAAAACAAUGAACCUUGGAGCAUGGAGACAGCUCGCAUCUCCAUCCAACAUUGAAAACCCAUCGAGCUCGAAUUGCAAGCAGGUCAGGGAGGAGGAAGAGCGACGACGCCGAGAAGAGGGAAGGCAAGGAGGCUGCGCAAAAGGAGCACCAAGCCAAGCCGGCGAAAUGCCAUGGAGAAAAUGCAGUUCCCUGGCAUCUGAAUGCGGCCCCACCGCAUAUGGAAAUGCCCACGUUGUUACUACACAAAACAGUGCGGGCUCGUGGCGACUCCCUGGCCAGGGAGCGGUGGGCGAGACCGGGCUGCCCAUCACCAGCCACCUCCACCUGCACCGGCGCAGGCGCCAAUUACUGCCCGGAGAACGGGCUUGCGGGGGGAGGAAAAGGAGGAGGAGGAGACGGAGGACAAGAAAUAAUGGGGGUCACUGCGCGCUCAUGUGGAGCGCUCCGAUUUGUCGUGAGACGCGCAUCCGAGCGUGCGACACGCAUCCGAAUGCCAGCAGCUCCCAGACACUUUCGGCUGGGAGUGUGAAAGUCAGAUGCUGCUGCUGGCGCAGCUGGCAGCCAGCCAACCCUGAGCCGACCAAUCGUGCCCCACCUGGCAAGAAAAGACAGCACGCAUGUGACGCUAUUGGCCACGCGGCUGGGACAACAAACGGCCCCCUAAGAGAUCCAAAAUCGACGGGCUGGCAUCCCCAAAAAAUCGCCCACGACGAGCGUCUCUCCUGCAUCACGGGCCCUCAGGCCAGCACAACUAAACGGCUCCACGAAUCAAAAAGGAAGGGGCAGGGAGAGGAGAGGGGGGCCUGUGAGCGCCUCGGGGUCGCCCAUGUGGCAACCUAAACGGUCGCACGUCCGAGGGGGUAUUCCUAAACUUGUAGGGUAACUGCUCCAGCUGGUUCCCCAGAAAUUCGCCCUUGCCCUUCAGGCACUUGCCGAACGGAAACCUCUUGUUGAUCGUCCCCAUCGCCUUCUGAAAGUACUCGUCUCCUCCUCCGAAGGUAUCGUCCACGGCCAGUGCCAGGGAUCCCCGGCACUUGCCAUCCUGGUGCAGGUAGAGUAGGCACGGGUCGUACGAGCUGAUCUUAAAGCCUGCGGCCAGCGCCUCCGCGGUGAAACUAUUGCACAACUGCAGCGGCGCGCGCGUCGCCCAGCCGGUUGUCACGGACCAGCACCUUCAACAAGGAACCAGGUUCAGCUCCAGGAGCCCCAUCGGCUGGUACAAGGGGGACGGAGAAGGAUGGAGCACGAGAGAGAUUAGCAGAAGGGGGGUC